AUGACUACCCAUCGCGAGCCGUCGCCUCCCCUCACGCAGUCGGCGCCAGAGAGCCCCAGGGUGAGCCUCCAGGGCCUGUCCCGCGGGGAGCGCCGCGUCGUGGGGCGCCACACACCCACCCUAGAGGCCAUCGCAGCCCUCGAGCCGGCGCUGCGUGAGCUCACGGACGAGGAGCUGGCGGGGACAACGUCCAGGCUGCGCGUCCGCCUUGCCGGCGGGGAGACCUUGAAGGCGCUACUGCCCGAAGCCUAUGCUGCCGUGAGGGAGGCGGCGCGCCGUGUCCUGGGCAUGAGGCACUAUGAUGUGCAGAUGCUGGGAGGCAUCGUCCUGUUCGAGGGCUGUGUGGCUGAGAUGGGCACGGGCGAGGGCAAGACCCUCGUGGCGACCCUGCCAGCGUACCUCGCCUCCCUGGAAGGCCUGGGCGCGCACAUCGUGACGGUGAACGACUACCUGGCCAAGCGCGAUGCGGAGUGGGUGGGCAAGGUCUUCACGGCCCUCGGCUCCAGCGUGGGCGUGGUGGUCGCCACCGACGACACGCCCACGGCCCAGGCGGCCUUUGCCGCCGACAUCACCUACGUCACCGCCCAGCAGCUGGGGUUCACCUACCUGCGGGACAACAUGACCGGCGACCCGGCCUCGCUGGUGCUGACGCGCCCGCCCGCCUUUGCGCUGGUGGAUGAGGUGGAUGCGGUGCUGGUGGACGAGUGCGCCACCCCCCUGGUCAUGUCGGCCCAGGCCGACGUGGUGGACGCGGGGCACUGGGUGGCGGCGGCCGCCGUGGCGCGCCGCCUGCGCCCCGCCACGCUCUCCUCCGCCGAGGCGGAGGACGCCAGGCUGCAGGAGUGGGCGGACGGCGCCGCCGACGCCGUCAUCCUGCCGCACAGCCGCCAGGCCACGCUGACGGGGCGGGGGCUGCGCACUGCAGUGUCCCUGCUCGUGGAGGCUGGCGUCGCGGGCGUGGGCAGGGACGCGGGCGGCGCCCUGCAUCACCGGCCGGGCCAGCUUCCAGUCAGCUUCCAGCCGGCCCCGCCCCUGACCCUGCGCUCGGUGGCCAGCGUGCCCGACGCGCUGCGGCGCGCGGGGCUGGUGGACGUGGACGCCGGGGACGAAGGGGUCGCGGCGCGCACCGCCCCGGUGCUCAUGUGGGGUAGCGAGGAGGCGUUCGGCAAGUACAUCCAGACCUGCCUCAAGGCCCUGCACCUCUACCACCGUGAUGUCGACUACACCGUGCGGGAUGAUCAGGUAAUCCUGAUCGACCAGAGCACCGGGCGGGAGCGGGAGAAGACGCGGUGGUCUGACGGGCUGCAUCAGGCGGUGGAGGCCAAAGAAAGGGCGGCCAUCUCGGCGCGCGACUACAACCAGGCCUCCAUCACCUUCACCUCUCUGUUCAAGAUGUACCGGCGCCUGGCCGGCAUGACGGGCACGGCCCUCCCGCUGCAAGCCGACUUCCUGGACGCCUAUGACCUGAAGGUGGUGGCCCUGCCGCCCCAUCGGCCACGGCAGAGGGAGGAUCACCCCCCCGAGGUCUACAUGGGCACGGAGGGCUACCUGGCUCGCCUGGAGCAGCUGCUGGUGGAGGCCCUGGAUGCCGGGCGGCCCGUGCUGGUGGGCACGGCCACCGUGGAGCAGUCGGAGGCGCUGUACGGCCGCCUCUCCCGCCUGCUGGAGUCGGAGUUUGGCGGGCUGGGGGUCAAGGGUCCCACCCUGAACCUCUUGAACGCCCGCCCUGAGAGCGUCCGAAGGGAGGCCCAGAUCAUCGCCCAGGCCGGACUGCCCGGCACGGGCCUGGCCGCCUGGAUCCCCAGGCCACCCCUGGAGGGCCUGUCUCCUGUGUUCCACAGCAUGCAGGCCAUGCGCGCCGGCCUGCCCGCCCCCGUGUAUGUCGCGCUGGAGACCGCGCUGCGAGAGGUGGGGGCCGCCCCGGGGUCUGGCGGCCUCGCGCCCGCGGCCGCCACGGACUGGCUGUCCGGGCUGCUGGAGGAGGUGGAGGUCCUGCGCUCCCACCUCCUGCUGGCGCAGACGGGCGGCUCGGGUCCAAACGGCGGGGACGGGGCGGCUGAGGGGGAGGUGCUGGCCGCCGCCUUGCGGCUGCUGGCUGGCGAGGCGGAUUGGACCCCUGAGGUCGCACCCAACGAGGCCCCCGACGCGCCGGCGGCGGCGCGCCCCGCGCUGCGCGCCGCCGCCCUCCUCCUCUGGCUCUGGUUUGACGGCCGGUGCAGGGAGCAGAACCUGCGCGUCAGGGCGGCGGGCGGCCUGCGCGUCCUCAUCGCCUCCGUGGCGCCCACCCGGAGCGAGGCCCAGCUGCGGGGUCGAGCGGGCAGGCAGGGUGACCCGGGCGACUCCUUCUACCUCUCGCACCUGGGCGACCGCAUGCUGGAGAUGUACCUGGGCUCCACGCUUUCCUCGGCCGUCACCAGGCUGGGCGACGAGUCGUUGCUGUACGAGCAGCAGCCCACAGGGCGGAUGCUGGUGGGGGGCGUACAGCAGCGGUACGACCACGACGUGCGCAUGCGGCUGCAGCAGGAAAGAAAGCGUGACGCAGUGGUGGACCCCUACCGGCGCCACGUGUACAGCAUCCGGCGGGCGCUGCUGGAGGCCGACGCGGAGGGCCUGGGCGUCUUCACGAGGGGGUACUGCGCCGACUUUGUCAGGGACGCCAUGCGCGCCUUUGGCAUCGAGGCGCGCGGCUCUCCGGGCGGCGGCGAGUGGGACCUGGAGGGCCUCCUGGCUGCCAUCCAGGGCGCCGUCAACGGCGACCCCAGCCCCAGCCUGGCCGACCAGCAGGCCAGAUUCCACGAUGCGGAGAACGAGGGGCGGCUGGACCCCCGCACGGGCUUGUACCGCGUGGCCCUCAACCUGUUCCCGCACGACCUGGUGGAAUCCCUGAAACUGGCCCUGCAGGGCAACCAGGAGCUGCCGUUCCCUCUGGAUGCAGGCGUGCCCCUGACGCGCUCCAUCCGCCAGCGGGCCGCCCAAGCGGCGCAGCUGCCCACCGCCCCGCCUGAGUCGGACGCCGACCGGCUGCACGCCUGGCUGCUGACGCAGCUGAUCAUGGCGCAGCAUGCGCACCGUGCGCUGUGCCAGCGCGCCCUUGCGCGGUUCCUGGGCGCCAGCCGGGAGGAGGCGGAGGAGGCCUCGCUGCUCGCCCUGAGGGCUGCGGCCCUGGCGUGCAUAGACAGCCUGUGGGCCGACUUCCUGAAGAACAUGGAGACCCUGGCCGCCGCCGCCAUGGUCCGCGCCUUCUCUCGCCGAGACCCCUGGGAUGAGUUCAAGCUAGAGACGUCUGCCCUCUUCAUGCUGCUGCUUCAAGAUUUCAGGCAGCAACUGGUGGUGGCUUCCUUCCACACCUUGGACUUAGGGGGAAUCCCAGUCCCGGCCGAGAGCACAGGAGCCACUUUGCAUGGCUAUUCUGAAAAGUCGAAUGACACAGUUCCGGACCAGGCCUUGCAGCCUUCCUGA